GUUGCAGCUGGGUUAUUUUGGCACCGAAAUUGAGGCACUUAAAAAUAUAAUCGCUUUAUUCUGCGUAUUCUUAGAAACUGAGGGAAAAGGAAGAGAUGAAUUGUAAUGAACCCACCCUUCGGUUAGGUAAAUGUAAACUUGGCUUCACUGAAGUUUUGUGCUGAUAUAUUUUACAUUCUGUUAUUUCAGCUUUCGCGGUUCCAUGCAAAAUAUUUGCUUCUUUGGAGGAGCAAGAAAGCUGAAACCAUGACGGGUUUCGGACUGUCGCUUGUUGCGACUUUCGACGACCUCUGUCGGCACACAAAGGUCAUGACAGAGGGCACUGAAUCAAAGUUUCUCGAGUUUGUCAACAUGAUCGAGGCGUUUCGGCUUCGCUGGGUGAACUCGGAGGCUGAGUGUCAGCGCCUGCACGCCCAGCUGGUACAGGCCAAUACGGAGAUCACACGGCUGGAGAACAACGUCAAACAGGCCAAGAAUCUACUAGACAAUGAGAAGAAACGUCGCUUUCUGGUGGAACAGGACCGUGAGGCUUACGAGCGCCAGCUAAACCUGAUCCGCGAGCUCAUGUUUAACGAGCCGCACGCGGUCAACAAUGAGACGCGCGAGAAGAUGCUGCAGCUGAGUCAGUCGGUGGCGGCGGCGCGGCCGCGCGAGCGGCGCUCCUCGAACCGGCUGGGCACCAUCAGCGAGAGCGUCGGAUCGCUGCUGUCUGCCGACGACCUGUCUCUGGAUUACACCGAGGAAGAUCUGGACGUGUCGCACCUGCGCUCCGGACGCGUCAUCCAGCGCUCUCGCGGACAGAAGCGCACCUCGGACGUUGAUACUGAGGAGGAUGACGGCACGGGAGCCACACGGGCGCGACGCCGCACCAGGAAGGCCAAGCGCCGCAACAGGCAGGCGUCACCGUCGCCAGCCCCGGCCGCCGCCGCGCCCGACACGGGCUCAAGCUCGGACCAGGCGGCGACGAUUGCGGCGCGCGGCGAGGCGCUGGUAGCCACCACCACUGUGACGGUACCGCUGUCGGGCGCCGUCACUGCCACCAGCCAGCUGCGCGCCCGCUCCCCGUCGCCGGCGCAGCGCCGCAGCCGCAGCAGCGCCGGCGGCGCGCACAAGUCCCUGGAGCGGUCGUACAGCGAGCCGCCGCCCCUGCAGCGCACGCCGGCCCCGGCCAACCCGACCCUGGUCCGCACGCCCUCCACGAUCUCCCAGCCGUGGUGGCGCUCCAACCUGGCCCGUCUGCACACGGACAUGUCUCCGUCCUUCACUGACGGUCUGGGCGGCAGUGCCUGGGACAUGGGACGUACGCCGGGCGGUACGGCCCAGCGCAACCCGUACCGCACGCCCGAGACUCCGUUCUCCCCCGGUCUCAGGCACUUCAACUCGGCCGGAAAGGGGCUGGGUGGACCAUGUCACACGUUCUACGAGAAGACCGUCAUCAAACCCGAGUCGUGUCAGCCAUGCGGCAAGCGUGUGCGUUUCGGCAAGACGGCGCUGCGGUGCCGCGAGUGCCGCGCAGUGUGCCACCCUCAGUGCCGCGACCAGGUGCCGGUACCGUGUGUGCCGUCGGCCCUGACGCCGACCUCGCGCGGACACCAGGCCGGACAGCUGGCCGACUUCACUCCGCUGCGCGGCCUCAUGGUGCCCGGACUGGUGCAGCACUGCAUCAACGAGGUGGAGCAGCGGGGCAUGAACGAGGUCGGCAUCUACAGAGUGCCAGGAGCGGAGCGCGAUGUCAAGGAGCUGAAGGCCCGGUUCCUGCGCGGCAAGGGCAUCCCUCGGCUGGACCAGGCGGACAUCCACGUCAUCUGCGGCUGCAUCAAGGACUUCCUGCGGAUGCUGCAGGAGCCGGUGGUGACCCACACGCUGUGGCAGGACUUUGUGCGCGCGGCCACGUCGGAUAACACGGCCGACCUGUACCAGGCCAUCUCCGAGCUGCCGCAGCCCAACAGGGACACGCUGGCGUUCGUUAUCCUGCACCUGCAGCGUGUGGCUGAGGUGCCGGACAACAAGAUGUCUGUCUCUAGUCUGGCCAAGGUGUACGGUCCCACCCUGGUGGGCUACUCGUCGUCUGACUUGGAGCCGGGAGCGCUGCUGACCGAGACGCGACAGCAGCAGACGGUGAUGGAGAAGCUGCUGGGCCUGUCUGCCGACUACUGGACCAAGAUUGUGGAGACCUCCUCUCAGGAGCAGUACCUGUACCCAGGCGGUGACGCUCAGGCCACCCCGCUGCGCUCGGGCGGCGUCCGCACGCGCACCGCCUCUCGGCACGGAUCCUACCGCUGAUCGCACGGCGCCUGAGCCUCUCAGAAACACGCGGAGAAGGGAGGGAUAAGGAUUGGUCAAGCCGAGGUGAGUCGGCCUAGCCGAGGCUUGGAAUGAAUGGAUCGCUGGAAUGCAUUCCCUGCCACGCGGUUUGAGGCAGUGAGGCCUGCGGAUGAGGCAAGAGUCCCGUGAAUAAGGCAGGAAGCCUACGGAUGAGACAGUGGGGUCCGCUAAUGAGACAGUAAGGUAGUGGAAUGCGGCGGGCGAGAGGGGACGUGUGGCUGGAAAGCCGGUAUAGCGUAUAGUGGAAAGUCGCGUGGAUGAGUUGCUAGCUGCCGUCGGUGCGGGGUGGCCGUGGUACAGCAGCAGAAGUCGCGCUGAGGGGUCGUGCGCCGCCGCGGACGGCACACUAGGCGAACCAGUGUGAACGUGUGAGUGUGACGGGUGUUUUACCUAGUGGGACCAGUGAUGCUGCGAGCUGCAGUUCGACGUACUGCGGCGAGCGAUGAACUGUGGGCGCACCAGGGCAGUUUGAGCGAUCGCACAUUUAGACUAGAUUGAUCGGGCUCGGACUCGUGCUCCUUGCACUGCUGUGUGAAUUGGGUCGUCCUUCACACAGUCCCAGUAUUUACUCUCGAUGGUGGUGGGCUACCGUUUUCAUAUCUCGGGUGAAUCGUCAAAUGUCUGGGCUAUUCGAUACUUCGUGCUGUGGGGACGAGUCGAACGUGGUCGAUUGCGACUGUCAUCAGGUGCUUGAUGAUUCUCGACCGAUUUCGGAGAUGCUACUCAAAAUGUUCUCUUUUCAUGCUCUCUAUUUGUCUUAGUUCUAAUAGUUGCUACUCAUUUGUCACUGCCAGCUCCUGUAGAUAUCUCCGACUGAGUGUUUGAUUCUAGCUUGUCUGGUUUUUAACUAUCACCCGAGUAGGAGCUUAUACUGAGGCCAAAACGUUUGGGGAUUUCUAGGAUACGUGGCGCGUUGUACUGACAGCGGGUCACUAGCUCGUUUUGGUGGUUCUGGUUCGUCAUUGUGGGCUAAGUUUUGAGUAAGAAGCUUCACUGAAUGCACAAGUAUGGAUUCUUCUCGCCGAUUACAAUGUCUGCUUAGCACAAAAUCGUAGUAUUGUUUUUUAUUCAAUGUGGAAAACAGUAGUUUGAUAGGCACUCUUCCUUUCGCUAUCUUUGUGAUUGUCUCUAGUUUUAUUUUGUAUCGUGUUAUUGUCAAAAUAAAAUGCAAAUAACA